AUCCGCCAGGUCGCACGGCUCAACGAGGCGGAGUUGGAAAAAUGUGUGCCGCCAAAUGCUUCUUGGCAUACGGACUACCGCGACACGGCCUACAUCUACAUCGGCGGCCUGCCCUUUGAGCUGAGCGAGGGCGAUGUCCUCACGAUCUUCUCACAAUACGGCAACCCCGUUGACGUCAAAUUAAUGCGGGACAAAGAUACGGGCAAGAGUCGGGGGUUCUGCUUUCUCAAGUACGAGGAUCAGCGGAGUUGCGAUUUGGCGGUGGACAAUCUCAGUGGAGCUGGGGUUUUGGGCCGCGUGUUGAGCGUGGAUCAUACA